AUGGGCGCGUCCUUCCCGCUCAACCCCCGGGCGUUUUUCGCCUCAAACCCGCCCGCAGAUAGCUGCAUGCUGGCGUUCAGUGAGGGGAUAUUAAUGCCGUUUCUCCCCUCCUCACUGCCUGUUGAAGGGCGCUUCAAACUCAUUGCUAAGCAUGCAAAUCGCGAGUUGCGAGUGUAUCAGAAGCGGUUGAAAGAGGGGGGUCAGGCGCUGGGUGCUUUUGACAAGUACUCGCCCGGCAAGGCUGUUGGCGACGGGACGGGGGUUGCGCCGCAGGGGACGUUGAAGCCGAGGGUAGGCACGUAUGGGGCAACGUGUGGUGUUUCCUCGACGGGGUCGUUGAAGGCGUAUUUCAGGCCUGGGGAGUACGAUUUGAAUGAUGACACAAAGGACUUUGUGGCGGAUUAUCGGGACUUGAAGAUGGGUGUGAGGGCGAGGGAUAAUGAGUUCCUCAUCGGCAGUUCGACAGAUGCUGCUGGCUGUGUUGGAUUUGGGGUAAGCUAUGAUGAGAAUGCGAUCAGCCAAGAGGUUGCACAGAAAUGGGCAGAGACUAUCCGCGGGUUGUUAGAGCCAGCAAACGUGCCAAAGCUGUAA